AUGGAAGACGUCUUUCACGAGUUGAACCAGAGCUUUGACUGGAAAGUUGAUUCCCUUGACACACAAGUACUAGACCCCCUCGGCCCUCAUGAGAAAUAUUCCCCUUGUGUUCCACUGGAAAUCUACUUUGAAGUCUCCAAAAACCACAGCUACUUCGACAGCGAUCUCUCGGAAGACGGAACCCUAACCCUGGUGCACCAAACUGAAGUACAAGUGAGAAGUUACAAAACCAAAAUAGUUAAUGCGUCCUGGUUGCAAACCAGAAACGCAUACGUCAGACCCUAUCUUUAUCGGGUGUUAUCCUUUCUUAAAAUCCACGAGGACGUGCACAGUGAUAUAGUACAGACGAUUAUAGACAGGGGUAUCCGAAUUAGAAACUUGGAUUCCAAGAAAGGUCCUAAAGUCCUGCGCCUGAGGGUUGGCAUAAAAAUAUACCAUAACCAGAUUCGUUGUGAGGAUUGCUCGAAACAAAGAGAACUCGAAAGGGAUGCGUUGAUCAAGGAGAUGCUAAAGAGGGUUAGAGUGGUGCCUGAUGCCGAUGAUGUUAAUGAGGACGAGAGAGGUCGAGGAAGAAAAAGACAACCCGUUGUGCGUGAAAGUGAGGUUUGCCCUAUUUGUCUGGAAAAGUUUGUUGUGGGAUCAGAGGAUGUAACGUCCAUGCCUUGCACACAUAUGUUUCAUGAAAACUGCAUAUGGAGAUGGUUCAAACAGAGUCACCUUAAUUGCCCUCUUUGCCGCUUCGAGAUGUUUAUUGAACUUGGAUCACAAGGCGAAGGAGACAUUGGGAUUUAA